CUAUACCGUGAUGUGAUGCUGGAGAACUUUGCACUUGUGGCCACACUGGAUUAUUGGUGUGAAGCAAACAAUGAGGAGUCACCUUCUGAGCUGAGUGAUUUUAUGGAAGGAGUGUCACAGGUCAGGACUCCUGAGUCAGGUCCAUUCAUCCAGAAAGCCCAUUCAUGUGAGAUGUGUGACCCACUCUUGAAAGACAUUUUGCACCUGACUGAAUACCAGGGAUCACACCUUAUGCAGAAACUGUACACGUGUUCACCAUACGGGAGAGGAUUCUUGUUCAGUGAAAAAUUUUACCAGCAUCAGAAGCAACAUAGGGAGAAUGGCUUCAGAGGGGAUGAUAGAGGGGCCUCAUUUGUGAAGAACUAUACAGUCGAUAUGUUAGGGAGAUCCUUUACAUACAGGGAGGAAGGAAUGGACUUACCAGACAGCUCUGGCCUCUUCCAGCACCAGACCACUCAUGAUGGGGUGAGUGCAUACAAAAGCACCGAGUGCCUGGAGUCUUUCUCACACCCCAGUCUUGGACAGCACCAAGGAGACUAUGAUGGACAGAUGCUUUUAAAUUGCAGUGACAAUGAGAAAGCCUUCCUGAACACCUUUACUCUUCUUGACAACGAGAUAACUCAUACCAAGGAAGGAAUCUUUAGAUGCCUAUCAUGUGGAAAUGUGUUCAAGGACAAGUCAGCUCUUAUUCAUCACAGAAAAAUUCACAGUGGAGAAACAUCUCAUGUAUGUAAGGAGUGUGGAAAGGCCUUCAUUCACCUGUCCCACCUAAAAGUACACCAGAAAUUUCACACUGGAAAAAGACAUUACACUUGCAGCGAAUGUGGGAAGGCCUUCAGUCGCAAAGACACACUUGUUCAGCACCAGAGAGUUCACACUGGAGAAAGGUCUUAUGAUUGUAAUGAAUGUGGGAAAGCCUACAGCAGAAGCUCCCACCUUGUUCAGCACCAGAGAAUUCACACCGGAGAAAGACCAUAUAAGUGCAAUGAAUGUGGGAAAGCCUUCAGCCGUAAAGACACACUUGUUCAGCACCAGAGAUUUCAUACUGGAGAAAGGCCUUAUGAGUGCAGCGAAUGUGGGAAAUUCUUUAGCCAAAGCUCCCACCUUAUUGAGCACUGGAGAAUUCACACUGGGGCAAGGCCUUAUGAAUGCAUUGAAUGUGGGAAAUUCUUUAGCCAUAAUUCCAGCCUCAUUAAACAUCGUAGAGUCCAUACAGGGGCAAGAUCUUAUGUGUGCAGUAAAUGUGGGAAAGCUUUCAGCUGCAAAGACACGCUUGUUCAGCACCAGAUAAUUCACACUGGAGCAAGACCUUAUGAGUGUAGUGAAUGUGGAAAGGCCUUCAGCCGUAAAGACACACUUGUGCAGCACCAAAAAAUCCACACUGGAGAAAGGCCUUAUGAGUGUGGUGAAUGUGGAAAAUUCUUUAGCCAUAGUUCCAACCUUAUUGUACACCAGAGAAUCCACACUGGAGCAAAGCCUUAUGAGUGUAGUGAAUGUGGAAAAUGCUUUAGCCACAACUCCAGCCUUAUUCUACAUCAGAGGGUUCACACUGGAGCAAGACCUUAUGUGUGCAGUGAAUGUGGGAAAGCUUAUAUUAGUAGUUCCCACCUUGUUCAACACAAGAAAGUUCACACUGGAGCAAGACCUUAUGAGUGUAGUGAAUGUGGAAAAUUCUUUAGCCGUAACUCUAGCCUCAUUCUACACCAGAGAGUUCACACUGGUGAAAAGCCUUAUGUGUGCAGCAAAUGUGGGAAAGCCUACAGCAGAAGCUCUCAUCUUGUUCGGCACCAGAAAGUUCACACUGGAGAAAGGCCCCGCGAGUGUAACAGUUUCGAUGACUCUUUAGCUGCAUCUUUUAAACUUGUUUAG